UAAAUGUCCUGCUUUACUGGGAUCCUGUCCAGUCACUGGUCUACACUGACAGCGGGAGCAAGAAGCCAAAUAACAAGACAGUUAAGAGACACCCUCUCAUCUCAUCUCUCAUCUCUCUCUGCUAGCCUUUCAUCACAAAACUUUGGACUCUUGCUUGCGGUUCUCUCCUGAAACAUGCCCAUUGGGAACAGCCCUACAACGAACCCCACUAAUGUGAUCGGGGGACCUGCCACCCCUCGGAAAGGACCCCCCAAAUUCAAACAGAGGCAGACGAGGCAGUUCAAGAGCAAGCCUCCCAAGAAAGGAGUAAAGGGUUUUGGGGACGACAUCCCUGGGAUGGAGGGCCUUGGAACAGACAUCACUGUCAUCUGCCCAUGGGAAGCUUUCAGUCACUUGGAGCUCCAUGAGCUGGCCCAGUAUGGCAUCGUCUGAGGGGGAACAAUACCCAAGAACUUCUCCAACUUAGCAUGAAGCUUGUUUUUGUACUAGUUUACAUUCGUUAAGAGAUUGUCUUGUGUCCGUGUCCCUGACUGUAACUGAUAUUUCAAUAAAGCCUUUCUGUCUUUUA